CAGUCAAAACAAUUGUUAUGAAAUUUAAAUCGCGCGUAACAUCUUGCGCGGGAUUGCAAAAGUGAGUCGUGUAUUGUAUUUACAUAUCAUCGUCAAAAAAAUGUUUUUGAAGAAUCGUUACACGUAGACGAAAUUCACAGUUAAAUCCAUUAUGAUUUAACACAUAUGUACAUUUGAACUGAUUCGAGCCCCUCUCAUAUGUAUGGUUCUACAACGCAUUUUAUGAUAAAACAUUGAAUUUAGUGUUGUUGAGGGGCAUUUAUUUUUAUAUGUAAUCGAAAAUUUCUCGUGCAACAAUUGCUGCAAUUGUAUUUAUAAAAAUUAUAAGCUAUGCCAUUGGAAAGUAUUGGAGUAAUUUCGAGACCAAAGGUUAGAUUCUCCCAAUUUUCUGACAAUGUACAAAACAAGGAGAAGGACGUUGAAUGCUGUAACAAGAAGAAGACUGUUUCACGAACGAACGGUCCGAGAAUUAAGAGCAUCGUAUCUCUCAAGAAACCUGUUAGAAUUGUAGAUCCUAAGAAAUUGUCAACAAGUGUUCGUAACAAGAAUGUACUGCAGGGUGAUCAUAACACAGAGAUUUCAACACAUUCCAGUAAUAUUGCAUCUAAGAACAUUCAAAAAAAUACAUUUCCAUCUAAUAAAAAUGUUCCAAAAAUCGAGACUUCAAGAAUUUUACAUAAUGCAAAUGGUAUUCAGAAUAUAAAAGAAAAUUAUAACACUUUGCAAUCUAAUAAAAGUCCACGAGAUAAUAUUUUAAAAGAUAACAAGGAAAGUUUGCAACAAAAAGGGAAAGAAAAUAAAGAUGUAACACUGAAAAAAGUUGUAUUUAGUAAAGAUGUAAGUAAAACAAGAAAAGGAAGCUCUCAAUAUAUGCAAUCGGUUACAUCAACUGGAAACUGUAAACUUUCUACUAGUAAAAAUACACAGAAGAUAAAUACUAUGGAGUCUAAAAAGUCCAAAGAUGAAAAAUCACUAUCUGCACCAAACGUUGUGAAAAGAUCAAAGAAACAAAUGCUAAAAGAAACAAUCAAUACAAAAUCUGUUACACCCAAUGUUAUGCCAUGUUACAAGAAUGCUGCAAAAACUAAAGCAUCUCCAGUUAAAAAGAUUAUAUUACAUAAUGUAUCAGGUCUUAAAAUAAAAACUGCUGUAGGCCCAGGAGUUUUUCACAAAAGAAAUGAUAUUAAAGUAAGUGAUACAAAUGAGAAAAAAACACUAGAUAUUGUUACUGCAGAAGAAUUGGAACGACCAGGAUAUAAUUCUAUUGCAUGUACUAUUAAUAAACUGAGAGAACUUAAGCAACAGAAGAUUGUCAGAGAUAUUGAUCAUUUGCCAUCUGCACAAAAAAGUUUUGUAAAUGGAAAGAUUUCUACAGCACUGGAUUUUCCACUGGAUGAAGCAAUUUUCAAAAAUUUAGUAGAUUUAAGCAUAGACGAGAAACAGUUGCCAUCUACUAUCAUGCGAAGUAAAGAUCCAGAGCCACGACAAAAAGAUAUUACACCAAAACUUUCAGAUUUCUUUAUACCUGAAAUUACAAAGGAAAUUUGCGAGGCUGUGCACAUUAAACCGCGAGCUCCAAAAAUGGAUGAAAAUUGGAAUGCUUUUAAAAUAAGUGAUAAGAUACUUGAAUGGAAACAUAACAUGGAUGAUAUUUAGAACAACAUGCAAUAUAAGAAUUAAAUAAUUGAAAGAGGAUAUGUAAUAAAACAAUUAUCUAAUAACAAUACACAAUUAUAAUUUACUUAACACAUUCUAAUGUAUAAGCAUAAAUUAUUAGAAAUAUAAGAGACUUAAUGUAUCAUGCUUACAUUUAACAAUAAUAUAUUACAAAUUUGGUCCAAUUAAA